AUGGAAGAAAACGACCCAGAAGGAGGUGGAGAAGGAGGAAGAAGAGACAUAGAAGAAGGAGAGAAAGACAAACAGCUGAAGAACCAACUCAACAGCGAGGAGAAGGGCGAGAAGGAGAACCAAGUGGGCGGUGAGAAGGAGAGGAAGCGGGUGAGCCGGCGGUCCAGGUCAUUGUGGAGGAGCGGCUGGGCGCCGAGCGAACGUCUCGCCAUCAACGUCUCGGGGAUGCGCUACGAGACCCAGCUCCGCACAUUGGCCCAGUUCCCGGACUCCAUGCUGGGCGACCCCAGACGCCGGCUUCGCUACUUCGACCCGUUGCGCAACGAGCUCUUCUUGGACCGCAACCGGGCCUGUUUUGACGCCAUCCUCUACUUCUACCAGUCAGGCGGGCGGCUCCGGCGGCCCGCCAAUGUGCCCUUGGACAUCUUCAUUGACGAGCUUUAUUUCUAUGAGCUGGGCGAGGAGAUCAUGGCACGCUUCAAGGAGGAUGAGGGUUUCCCCAAGGAGGAAGCCCCAUCGCUGCCUGUCAACGAGGUCCAGCGGAGUCUGUGGAUGCUGUUCGAGCAUCCAGAGUCGUCGUCGGGCGCGCGCAUCAUCGCCAUCAUCAGCGUCAUGGUGAUUGUGGUGUCCAUCCUCAUCUUUUGCCUAGAGACGCUGCCCGACUUCAGGAGCGAGAAGGAGCUUCGUGAGGUAAGGCAGCAAGGGGGCAAGGGAGGAGUGAAGUGGGAUAAAGAGGAGACAAGGACAAUGGAAAAAGUUGGUGUUUUGUGUGUGUGGGGGAGUUUCUCAAUAGUCCAAACUGGCAUCCUCCACUUGUUUCCUCAUCUUCAACGGCACUAAUCUGAAAGCUCUGUAUAACUAGAAGUCAGAUAUAAUAUGUUAGUGGCCAACUUGCUUAUUCUUGUUUUAUUCUUCAAAUUCAGUGCUUGACUUGGACUGAAAUAGAUGCUGGUACUAAUUUUGGGUGCCGGUACUGUUUAUAGUUAGGUGCAGGAGCUCCACAAUAGGUUUGAGCUAAUAUUCUAUAAGAGGAACGAACAGGAGCUCAAGCAGUAGGAAAUGUAAGGUGCCGGUACUCAGUUCUGGUGAGCUCCUGCCCAAGUCAAGCACUGAUGAUAUAGAAGGAGAGAUUAAGUGGGGAAAGGCUUUUGGAGUGAACAUUCAGUAGAUGGAAAGUGUUACAGAACAUUAUGACAUGCUGGACAUGUAUUGGAAAGGGAGAGGGGAAAUAUUAUAUUUUGUGAAAGAUGGAUAACAAGCAUUGAUGUCAAUAAAAUAAUGAUGUCAUUAAAACAAUGAUGUCAUUGAAACAAUCAAAUGAAAUACUACAUUUUGGUCUAGCUCCCACUUAUCUGCUUUUGAAUAUUUAAUAGAAUUUUGAAAAGCGUCAAGAGAACAAGAUGGAUGGAGGGAAAGAUAGAUGAGAGCCAUGUGUAAUUUUUCAAUCGUAAUAAUAAUUUCAACUGUUCAAAUCGGAUUUUGGAUAUUUACUUCAGAUAUCGAUUGAAUGAGUAUUGUGACACUUUUUGUGUCAUACAGUCAACUCAUUAGGCAAAGCCUACCUCACAUGGUCUGUCUGGUGUGUCUUGAAUGGGAUGUGUGUAGUUACAUGUGUCACAUGGCAACCCGAUACCACUAACCAGCAGGUGUUUAGGUAAAUACACUAACGGUGUGCAUAGCUGACUACAGUGAAUUAUGUGGAGAAAUAUUGACAGGGAGAGAACUAAUGGACAAAAAUGACAGGGAGACAAUUGAAGGAGAGAUAGAGAAAGGCUGACGUGAUUAUUUUAGUCAGCUGUUAAAUUUGAUACACUUGGAUUGGGGGGAAGCGCAAAAGGGUACAGGGAGAAAAGAGUGGGGAUUAAAAUACAAAUAAAAGGAGAGAAAGUGAGAGCAGACCCAGAGUAAAUUCUCAUCAGUCACGUGAUUUCACUGAUACUGAGAGCCUAGAGGUCAGAGGUGGCCCAAGACCUCUACAAUAUACUUCAGUCACGAAGAUGAGCUGGGAAGACCUUGGGAGAUAAAGCGACAUACGUUGUGUCAUGUUAACACAUUCCUUCAGGAGAGCUGUGCUAGGCUGAUGGCGGCUGCCUUUUGCACGAGGGGCGACAGCCAAGAAAAAUGCAGAAACCCCAGUGAGGAGCGGCAGGCUGACUGAAGAGUGUUGGCUAUGCUGGGAGGAAGACGGGAUAGCGACAGUGGAGAUGGAUGGGGAGUAGCGUGAACACUCAUGUUUCUCCUUUGCGAUCUCGGGGGGCUAUAUAUAGUGCCAGUCCUAAGAGUACAUCAACACAUAAAUAUGCCUUUAUUAAUAAACACGACGACUGUGACCAGCUACCGGAGAGAAAUCAUGAAUAGGUCCUACUAGAUUAUACGUUUGACUUUUAUUGUAUCUCCAGGCACACAGUAAAAGUUCACACAUUACACUCCAGGUUGUUGUGAUGACUUUUUCCCCUCGAGACAUUUUGAUCACUAGACAUUAAAUAUGAGAGGCUGAAAUAAAUAAUCGGUGUACAGUCUGACACUCUGACACGAACAGAUUGAAACUCAAAGCCAGAAAUAACGUCAACGUUAACACUUUGUGAUCGUGCCAACACUUAAAAAAAAAAACGUGAAAAAUCACAUGUGAAAAACACGUGGUUUUCAGACACGUGUGAACAAAUCACAUGUGAAACAUUUCACAUGUACAAAAAUUUAUAUAUAUAUAUAUAUUUAGUCAUACCUGGCUUGACUGCAUCAAACUGGGAUAAUGUUUUUUUCACAUGUGAAACUGCAUAUCCAAUUUUCACAUGUGAACGUUUUUAACAUGUGAAACCGCAAAUUUCACAUGUGAAACUGCAAUUCACAUGUGAGGUUAGAACAUGUUAUUCUCCUCACAUGUGAAAAGGUGGUGUUAACAUGUGAACUCUAAAUUUAAUACAUGUGAAAAUAUGGUUUCACGUGUGAAAUUUAAGCUCAAAGUGUGAAAAUGUGCAACUGCAAAUUUGACAUGUUUCUUGUUGUUGUAAGGGAACAAGGGAACAAAUGAACCACAAGAUUUGCCGCAACAUUUUGUAUUCACUUGUAGUACAUUUUGUUACUUCAUCAUCAUAAAAAAUAUGAAUUGUUUAUAACUAACUGACAAGAACAUUGUGUGAUCAGGCUGGACCAACACAACAGUAUUUUUAGUUGGCAAUAAGUACUUGUAGAUGAUUAUUAAGGCAUAAACCAAUAAUAAGCAGAGGGGGGAAGUAUAAUUCUGCUUUUAGGAAGUGAAUUCUGUAAGUUGAAAUUAAAGUUUAUGUCAAGUCCCAGUGCCCAUUAUCUGCUCAGUUUUUGCUCCAAGAUACCAAACCCAAAUAUACCGAAAUUGUUGCAAUACAUAAUAUAUCACAGAAAAACACUUUACAAAUCACAGUAGGCCUAUAAUGUCUAAUUCCUAUCCUCUGACAAAUUAGUAGUUAAAAUUGUAUUUUUUCUUUCUCAUUUUCCCCUCUUCCUCCCUGCUUCCCUGUCUUCUCUCUCCCUUCUCCAGGAGUACUUCUACAAGUACCACGCCCACGACAAGAACAUCUCCAUGCACAUGCUUCCCCCCGCCAGUGUCUUCCAGGACCCCUUCUUCCUGGUGGAGACCAUGUGUAUCUGCUGGUUCUCUUUUGAGCUGUUCAUGCGUUUCAUCUGCUCGCCCAGCAAGAUGCACUUUUUCAAGGAUGUGAUGAACAUCAUCGACUUCACAGCCAUCCUACCCUUCUUCGUGACACUGAUCACUGAGCUGUCCAAGGACACAGAGAACGCACCGGGUGUGUCACUGGCCAUCAUCCGUGUAAUCCGGUUAGUCAGGGUGUUCAGGAUCUUCAAGCUGUCCCGCCACUCCAAGGGCCUGCAGAUCCUGGGCCAGACGCUGAGGGCCAGCAUGCGUGAGCUGGGCCUGCUCAUCUUCUUCCUCUUCAUUGGCGUCAUCAUCUUCGCCAGCGCCAUCUUCUUCGCCGAGGCCGACCACAAGGACACAGCGUUCGUCAGCAUCCCUGACGCCUUUUGGUGGGCGGUGGUUACCAUGACCACCGUGGGCUACGGUGACAUGUACCCAGAGACGGUGUGGGGCAAGCUGGUUGGCUCCAUGUGUGCCAUCGCCGGCGUGCUUACCAUCUCGCUGCCCGUGCCCGUCAUCGUGUCCAACUUCAGCUACUUCUACCACCGCGAGACGGAGUGCGAGGACCAAACCGAGUACACACACGUCAAGACCUCGCUGUGGGAGGACGAGGAGCACGAGGAGGGGGAGGAAGGGGAGGAGGAAGGGGACGGAGAGGGAGAUUACUAUGCCAUAGAGGGCAUCUGCAACCCUCUGAAUAGGACUCUGUUGGGGGGACUGUGCGCUGGGCAGAGCAGGGAGUCGAGUGGGGCAAAAAUGUACCUCAGUGAACCCCUGGUGACUCAGGUGUGA